CAGGCGAGGCAGAUCGCGUGCGGAUGGCAGCAUUGCCUCGUGCUCACUCACGUCGGCGCUGUCUUCAGCUGGGGGUUCGGGGGAUACGGAGCUCUCGGGCAUGGCGUCAAGUACAGCAGGAAGGAGCCGCAGGUCGUCGAUGCUCUUCUUGGACGCCUCGUCCUCUCCGUCGCUUGCGGCUCUUACGCAAGCUCUGCCGUCACGACGGAGGGCAGGCUGUACACGUGGGGAUGGGGAAGGAGCGGGAUACUCGGGCAAGGGAGCACCAGGAACGAGAUGAGUCCGCGAGAGGUAAGGAUGUGCUUUGCCGAGGAGCCGCUCCCUCCUGCUGUCAAGUGCGCGAUGGGACACGAGCACAUGCUCGUCCUGACCCGCAAGGGCGACCUGUUCUCCUGCGGCAACGGAAGCAGCGGCAGGCUGGGAUACGUGGGGGCGAGGGAGGAGUGGCUGCUGAGGAGAGUGAAGACCGCAGCUAACGGGGAGGAGCUGUCUUGGAUCAACGAUGUCGCCUGCGGCUACGCUCACUCUGCCAUCAUCGAUUCGCACGGUCGCCUCCUCACGUGCGGGCAGGGGGCCCAUGGGGCACUGGGGCACGAGAACUUUGAGGAUCAG